AUGGCAAACAAGUUUGGAUUAGGGUCUUUACCUCUAGAAUCUAAAAAUCCCAUGACGGCGUUUAUAAAAAAAGCGAAACCUUUUUUCGUGGAUCAAAUCGGAGACACCUUACAAGGGGAUAUCGAUAUGAACAAUUUCAAAAUAACUAAUUUAAAGUUUCCAGGAAACGAUAACGAUGCCGUGAACAAGAAAUAUUUACUGGAUCAAAUAAACGCAAUUCAAAUAGAUAAGGACCAUGUUGAAAAUAGAAUAAAUGACGUGAAAAGAUACCUCAGACGAAAUAUUAAAAAUCUUGUGGACGAACCCAAACUACAACAAGAGUUAACGAGUUUGAAACGUCUUAUUCAAGUGGAUAAAACAAGUCAGUUGCAAAAUUUAAUAUCUAAAUUAGACGAUAAGAUUACGAAUGUAAAAAUAGACGUCCAACGUUUAAUAGACAACCCAAAUGUAAACGAGGAUAGAUUGAAACGAAAACUAACCGCUUUGGAAAGAAAACUUGGCGAAUUGCUAGCAGAACUAGACAAGACCGCGGACAAAACCGAGUUACAAAAUUCGAUAUCCGAUUUGAACGAAAAGAUCGCGAAGCAAAAAUCAGAUGUUCAAGAUAUAAUUAACACACUUCCCAUUGACAAAGAUACGUUGAAACGACAAUUGACUGCUUUGGAUACUAAAAUCACGGACGAAUUAGAAAAAGAAGUGGGUGUGAUUAAAAACUUUCUUCAAAAUAAAUUUCGAGAUGAUAUGAAAAAUUAUAUUAAAGAACAGGCCAAUCUUUUGGUAUCUAGAAUUCAUGACGAUUUUUUGAGACAAGAGAGAAAGUUGACCAAAUUAGAAGCAAUUGUCACGGACAAAUCGUAUUAUUUCAAUCUUCCAUUCGAAAGUGACACUGUCUUCGAUGAAAAAGACAAAAUUUAUAAAUCAAACAAAUACGGAUUCAAAGCAGAAAUAAAAGUGGGUACUCUCGCAUACGGAGAACCUAAAAACGUAUUCUUUUCGAGGGAUCAGGAAAUUGAAACGAAAAAUGGUAAAUAUGUAGACACCUUUAAAAUGGAAGUAGAAAAUGAUAAGGAUAUCAUUCGAAUCAAAGAUUUAGAUAUGAUAUUGGAGACGGAAAAUCCACCAUCAACCAACAUUGCCAAAAUUCCACGACGCUUACACGUACACGGAAAAAUAGAAUCGACCAGUCACGAGUUUUUACGAACAACAGACUUUGAAUACGUAAAACUAUAUUUCGCUUUAGGUGAAAAAUACACCUCGAUCAAUGUUCAUAAAAGUCAACAAGAAAGAGAGUUUAUAGUGCAUUUAUCGUUUGCCGAAGACUCCAUCCUUGAAGGUGGUGGUUUUAUUUUUAGAGCCAAGAUAAACAUCGAAAAAGAAAAAAUAAAAUAUUCCUAUCAUCUUAAAGAGGACCAUACGAAAAAAGAAAUGUUGUUAGUACGCGUAAAUGUUUUUACUUUUAAUACCCGCAAAUAUAAUAAUGCUAGGCCAAACAAGCGCGCUCUAUACGAUAUUCCGUGGUUCCAUUUAUCGGAAAUUCACUUAAUUUAA